CCGGCCCAAAAAAUAAAAAGUUAAGAGGAUUUCCGGUGCUUCCGAAAAGGUCAGCAAUGGCUUCCGCUUCUGGUACGUCAUCGCUGCUGCCGAGGUACACAUUCGCGAGAACCCAUCUCUCGUUGGUUUCCAAUUCGAAGUUCGUCGCGUCGCCCUCUCGAUCUUUGAGGAAAGCGAGGACAGGGUUGCGCUCUGUUCGCGCCAUGGGGUCUUCUGCUUCUUCCCAGAGGCCCGACAACCUUCAAGACAAAGUUGGCCCUGUCUCCGUGAGUGAUGAAGAGUGGAAGAAACGCCUGACUCCGGAGCAGUAUUACGUUGCCCGGCAAAAGGGCACUGAGAGGGCUUUCACUGGGGAGUAUUGGAACACCAAGACCCCCGGAACUUAUCAUUGCGUUUGCUGUGACACACCUCUAUUUGAAUCAAAUACAAAGUUCGAUAGUGGAACUGGGUGGCCAUCUUACUAUCAGCCCAUAGGGAACAAUGUCAAAUCAAAAUUGGAUCUCUCGAUCAUUUUCAUGCCACGCCAGGAAGUCCUGUGUGCUGCUUGCGACGCGCAUCUUGGUCACAUCUUUGAUGAUGGGCCACCCCCAACUGGUAAACGCUAUUGCAUUAACAGCGCUUCAUUGAAGCUGAAACCAAAGUAGAGGGCACACCAAAGGCGCUAUGUGGCAAAAGACAACAUAAUAAAUGCGGUGUGACAGAAGCAUAUGGAGAACAAUUGUUUCUGGAGUUUUCUGUUGUCAUGACAGUCUACCUCAAAUGUGGAUGCGCUUGUAUGAUGUAUGCAUUGCUGAGCACUUUCAGUAUACUGUGAUUAUCCAAUAAACUGUGCUGAAAUUUUGUACACAAUCUCCUUAUUUGAUACACUUCUGUAAGACGGACAAUGUACUUGUUCAUCCUCAGUAUAUUGGGUUAUUUCAUUGUUCA